CCGAAAUCUUGAACAUCAAAAUCUCCUAAAGCCGUCUUCUAAACCCCGCCCUGCUUUCGUCUUUCUCUCUGUCAUUCACAGAUCUCUUCUCCCUCUCCUCUCUCAUUCUCCUUCUCUCCAUUUUUUCAUUCCACAUACUUACUUUUUUUUUUUUCUUUUUAUCACAUAAAAGAGAAAUGAUGCAAGAAAUGUGGAAUGCGCCACCCGGAUUCCGGCCCACGAAAUCAGCUCCAUCUUCUCCGGCCAAGCCUCUUCAGGGAGUUUCACGAACUCGCUCCGAAGCCUUUCAUGUCGCCCACAAGGUCCCAGUUGGGGACACCCCUUAUGUCCGAGCCAAGAAUGUCCAACUGGUGGAUAAGGAUCCCGAAAGGGCAAUACCACUGUUUUGGGCGGCCAUUAACGCAGGGGAUAGAGUGGAUAGUGCUCUCAAAGACAUGGCCAUCGUUAUGAAGCAGCAGAAUCGGGCUGAGGAGGCCAUCGAGGCCAUUAAAUCAUUACGCAGCAGAUGUUCCGAUCAAGCCCAGGAAUCCCUCGAUAACAUCCUAUUAGACCUUUACAAGAGAUGUGGAAGAUUGGAUGACCAAAUCACAUUGCUGAGACACAAACUGUACCUAAUUCAGCAAGGUAUGGCCUUCAAUGGCAAGCGCACAAAAACUGCUCGGUCACAAGGGAAAAAGUUUCAGGUGUCUGUCGAGCAAGAAGCCACUCGAUUGCUGGGUAACCUAGGGUGGGCGCUGAUGCAGCAGAACAACUACAUGGAAGCAGAAGAAGCCUACAGGCGGGCCCUACUGCUUGCACCCGAUAACAACAAAAUGUGCAAUCUCGGCAUCUGCCUAAUGAAGCAGGGAAGGAUUGGAGAGGCCAAAGAGACUCUCCGCCGGGUAAGGCCCGCUAUGGCAGAUGGGCCCAGAGGGGUUGACUCCCAUCUCAAGGCCUACGAGCGGGCCCAAGAGAUGUUAAAGGACCUCGAGUCCGAGAUGAUGAGCAAAGGCGGCUGUGACAGAGUCCAGCAGAGAAAACUUUUCGAUGCCUUCUUGGGCUCGUCUGCAAUUUGGCAGCCCAGGCCCUGCAGGGAGCAGCAGGCCCAACAACAAAACCCUUCUUACAUUGUCCCCCCCAGUCAUGACCCUUUUGCCGACGAGAAUGUCAAUUCAAAUGUCGUCCCGAAUUUUACGGCGGCAAAAACAACAGGUGGAGGAGGGGGUAUUUUGGUAAAUCAGCUGAACAUUGACGCUCAGCCGUUUUACUCGACGAGGUUUGGCGGGGAGAGCCUCAAGAGGACGAGGUCGGGGAAUCACGUGGUGGUGGGCCCGGGAAAGAAAGAAUCCAUUAACGAGACGGGAAAGAGUUGUUGGGAUGAUUUGUUGCCGGACAGUAAGGACUUUGAGGAGGCAAUAAUUGCGGCUGUGUUGGGUACUAACGGGAGCGAAACUACUACUAAAUGUGCCGGUGAGAAAAGGUCUGAUGAGUGUGGAAUAGUCAUACCUCAGAGGAAGGUGGAGAAGAGGCUGAGAGUUUUUCAGGACAUUACGCCGUCCUUGAGCCCGAGGGCUUGAUGAUGAUGAUGGUCAUGAUGCUAGCUGGCGGCAUAACCUUUUUUUUUAUAUAUAUAAAAAAACUAAUUUUAUGUUUUAUUAAUAAAUCUUUGUUAAUUUAAGUUGAUGGGAGAUUCUUUGGGGUUGGAGAUAAACUUGUUCUCCUCGAGUUUCAAUUCUUGUAGUGUUUUUAAUUUAAGGGGUAAUGCAUCAUGAUGGUAGCUUCAGGGGAAAAUUGUAAUCCAUUUUUUGGAGGUUUGAAUAACUUAAUUUUAUUUAUGUUCCAUUUUUGUACAACUUUCACAUGAUCUUGAUUUAUGUUCUGAUCUAUUUAUGAAAAGAUCAGGUUACAGUUAUUUUAGUUAUAGAAUGUAUUGUUUUA